AUGGCCUUAAAGUCUGUUAUUGUUGUUAGCCUCUUGCUUGCUUGCAUUGCGAUGCCACUGGCUGAAGCACAACUUCUUGGUGGGCUCCUUCAGCCUCUCUUUGGGCUUCUUAGAGUCCAAGGCAUUGUAUAUUGCACUCCUAAUGGGAACAUUGGUGUCAAUGGGACUUCAACCCCAGUCUUCCCCAAUGCUUCGGUGCAAUUGCAAUGCGGUGGAAAUGUGGUGUCCACGGCUACAACGAAUGGGUCGGGAGUAUUUUCAAUACUUUUGGACCCUAUCAGUUUCGUUCUGUCGACGCUUCUUUCAGGGUGCAGAGUUGCAGUCAACACACCUUUGGCCUCUUGCAACACGAAUUUACCUUCGGUCGGAGGUCUCAUCUCGAAUUUACAGUUCAUUGGGAAUACUCUUGUUGGGCUCCUCAACAUUGGCAACAUCAUCCCUUCUGGUUUUCAGUUCAAUGCUAAUAUGAACUAG